AUGAACACAAAUCGAGCGACUCCCCAGGCACGCCACCCUACGAGCCCCCUCGGUCCUUCAGAUGGUCCUUCUGCCUUGCCCCUCAGCUGCAGCUGUGAUUGGACCACCACAACGAAGGACUCGACCACUUUAUACCACCACACUUGCGACCAAGCGCUGCUAAAACUCAGCGACAAUUUUCGUUGUCAACAGCACGAUUCAGCGCCAUGGCUUUGGACUCACACUGAACAUUACCCUACCUAUACCGACGAGUCUGGUUCGAGCGCCGCGCUCGCAGACCCUUCCGUGCCAGAGUUGAGCGAGCUACCCUGGUUUCAUGAGUCUAUUCAAGCCAUCCGACCAGGACAUGUCGCACUUUCAGAGUUGGAGUUGACGCCAGCUUCGCUUGACUAUGAGGAUUUGAAUCCUAUAGUGGACUGGUGCGAUACUGUCAAUUCUUUCACGCAUCUACAACCAACUUCUCCGCUGGGAAGUUCCGUCACUACGAAUGACUCGUCACACCAUUCUCUUCGUGAGCAAUCGCCCAUUCUACAUCCGUGUGGCACGUCCAAGAAACCGAAGAGCAGUGUACUUCCCCAACCCAUGGAUCCUGUGAGGCGCUGGCUCCAUGACCAUCCCCAUGACCGAUAUCCUACAGCUGAGGAGAAGACAGAGCUUGCUGCAGCUGCACGUAUCUCAAGCCUUCAGUUGAGCCGUCGUUUGACUAAUCUUAGGAAACGCGAUAGAGACACACUAGACAGAUUGUGCAACGAGCUAAACGCUGGCGUUGAUGUUUCUGGGGCUGCCGCUCCACAACACCAUGAUCCGCUUGGAACAGUCGACACCCCUGGGCGCAAGGGCAAGAGACGAUAUUCGUCAAGAUAUUCGCUGCCCGCAUCGGAAGGGGCGAUAGUACAUCCCCUGCAGACUCCCCAUGAUGGUGGACGAGACAAUGUCCGCCAGUACCACUGCACAGUGUGCAUGCGGAAGCCUUUUAAGAACCAAUAUUCAUGGAAGCGACACGAAGCUGGAGUCCAUGGCUUCGGCACCACUCGCUGGGUUUGUUUACUUGGCAACGACGCAUUACGGCCAGGUAUGAAGUGCAUAUUCUGCUCCGAUACUGUCAAUCACGUGGAUCAUUUCGACCAGCACAACAUCCAAGUCUGCUUGGCCAAGCAUGAGACUGCGCGUGCCUUCGACCGCAAGGAUCUUCUUAAGCAGCAUGUACAGCACGUGCAUCUGUCCUCCGCCAACGAUUAUACGAAAAGAGGUUUCGAGCCUCCAGAUGAAUGGUCGGAAACUGAGGAUAAAUUCUCUUCGAACCCAGAUGGUCUCUGGUGCGGCUUCUGCAAAUUUUCGUUCGGCACUACGGCUGUGAGGAUGGAUCACGUUGCGCAGCACUUUCGGGACGGUUUUCAGAUCAGUACAUGGGUCCAGAGGAUGAAUCAUCCUAAUAACAUGGUCGCGUAA